AAAAUCAUCGGACGCGCAGUCGAAGCUAGCGCUGCAGCCUCUCGAAUUGAGUUUGGCCAAAGAAAGGGAGUUUGAUUCCAACAGGACCAGAAAAAACGACAAUUAUUUAACGAUCACAGACAAAAAAACAAUAAAUCAACAAUACAGUGUUUCGAACUGUUCACCGAUCAUGAUCGCGGUACAAUAAAAUUGACGGAUGUGACAUAUACUGUUGUCACGGUUGUGUCCGUGCAUGCUACCUCAUUAUCAUGAAUUCGGUUGCUCAUUUAUGAGUUCAAAAAAUAGCUUUCUCCGAAACGAUUAAGGUUCACAUGAUAUCCUCUGUGAAGUUUUGUAAUUUAUUCACAUGGCCAUAAAAACACAAAUAUUUUUCGUACUUGCCAACAACACACGAUGAGUUGUCAUUUUAUAGACUUGGUCAUUUCUUGAUACUUGGGAUUUUUUUCCAAAUCUUUGCCAUAGAUUUGUAUCGUAUGAUAAAAUCCGAAAAACAAUAAUACUAUAAAGCUUAUUUCACAAUAAUUCUCAUCCAUAUUCUAGCUUUUAUUUAAUUAUUUUUAACUCAGCCAAUUACCUAUUUGAAUGAACGCGGUCAUUUUUCUUUAUCCGAUCACCAGGUGGCGCGUUUUUCUUGGCGCGCUAUAGCUCAUGGUUCAAAUCAGCCAAAUGUUAUCUGUAGGCUGUCAAAAAUUCAAACUAAAAUAACCUUAUAAUCCGUUGAACAGGGACAUACGUUAACGUUGUGAACUUGAGUCGAAUGCAUAACUGAUUUUUUCUACUCGUUCAUAAUAGAUUCAUACUAAUUUGGAUUAACGGAAAUGGUAACUCUUUGGUAAUUUAAUGAUUUUCUGUAAACUCUUGAAUCUUUGAAGAAGAGAGUAAAAGUAAAAUUUGCUAAAAACAGGAAAAGCCAACAUCAUGUCGAGAAGCUAUACAAAGGUGGGAGGAAAAAAAUGGCAGACCUGCUAGUGAAGAGAAAGAAAUAAUAUUAUCGUUUCAAUGGCCACCUAUCGAUAAAAUGGACAAUGGAUUGGCAGCUCUUGUGAGCGUAGAGUCAGUUUCGAAGCUUUUCAUUUAAUCUUUUAUGUUUGUUAAUCAAAUGCGUUUUCAAACUAUUUAUUAAAAUAUCAAUAAUUUCAUAUUGUUUCUCGACCGAAGAAAUUACGGAAUGGUGCUUAAGCGAUUAUUGCCACUAGACAAAUUUUCUGUUUGUACAAUUUAUUGCCCUGGACAGAGGUACGAAUAUAAAAUUGAAAAAGAAGUUUACCCGUUUAGAAAAUUGUCGCUGUCAACGAAUAUGAUCGAAAAGAUAAACGGCAUUGAUUCACUGAGAAACUUGAAAAUCUUGUCACUCGGGCGCAAUUCCAUCAAAACGUUUUCCGGUUUGGAGGCAGUUGGCGAUCACUUGGAAGAAUUGUGGAUAUCGUACAAUUUGAUUGACAAAAUCAAGGGUGUCAAUGUCUUGAAAGCUCUCAAAGUUCUCUACAUGAGCCACAAUUUGGUCAAAGAUUGGGCUGAAUUCAAUCGCCUUCAAGAAAUCCCGAAUCUCCAAGAACUUAUGUUUCUCCAUAAUCCCAUAUGUGAAAAUAUGGAUACGGAAGCAUGGCGUGCCCAAGUAAUUCGAAGACUUCCAGCUCUGAAAAAGCUAGACGCUAUUACCAUUGUGUAAGU